AUGUACUCCGCACGGCCAACCGGUGCCGACGGUGCGACGAUCAAUCCUGCGGCUCUCAACUCUCCAGUCUUGUCCAACGCGCCACCCCGUGGCCACAAGCGGAAUCGACCUUCGGACACCCACGACACGCGCGAGCCUGGCGAUGACGAUACCUACCCGUCGCAGCGAAAACGCGCACGCCCGAUGAAGCCAUCCGACGCCAGCGGGCCACCGCCCGUCACCACGGCGCCCCAGGCCGGGCAGCCGCCGCAAACGCCCCAGUCCCAGACGUCUUCCCUGCCCAACCAGGCGACGCCCGCCUACUCGGCCCCCGUCGCCGCCGUUGCCGCGCCCCCCAAGACGACGCCGACGAAAUCGACGCUCAAGGCCCUCCCGACGGUCCGAGACCACACGACGGACCAGCUGAACCCGACGGGCGACGAGUACAUUCCCCGCGAGAUUGACGAGUUUGGCGAGAAGAAGGUGAUGAUGAACGGGCAGCUCUGCGGCGGUCGCAUCUACCGGUGCCGAACCUUCCUCGUCCCCAACAGAGGGGACAAGCUGUUCAUGCUCGCGACCGAAUGCGCCCGCGUCUUGGGCUACCGGGAUUCCUACCUCUUGUUCAACAAGAACAGGUCUCUCUUCAAGAUCAUCGCCAGCCAGGCGGAGAAGGAUGAUCUUGUUCAGCAGGAAAUCUUGCCCUUCUCGUACCGGUCGCGGCAGAUUGCCAUCGUCACGGCGCGAUCCAUGUUUCGCCAGUUCGGCAGCCGCGUCAUCGAAGGCGGCCGCAGGGUUCGCGACGAUUACUGGGAAACCAAGGCCCGGAAGCAGGGCUUCACCGAGGCCGAUCCUGCGGGCGAAAAGCGGCCGGGGGCAUCCAAGGCGCGCGAGGCCGCCGAAGCUCAGACCGCGCUCCUGAGCGCUCCGAACACAGAGAUUGUGUACAGCAAUCACCCUGGGCCGUACCCCGGCGCUCCGCAGCCUCACCUUGUUCAAGAGUACGGCGACACUCGGCCUCGGGACUUUGGCGUCAUCAUGAAAGGCGGUCCACGCCAGGAGAUCACCGGACCGCCGUACCAGGACCAGAGCAGACCGUCGCCGAUCCAGGAGAUCCACUCACAAGCGCACCAUGCGGCCGAGUUCAACAGGACCGUCACGCAGCAGCGCGACAUGCGGAACGAGUACAUGCAGAACAUUUGGCGGCGGCCGCACGAGCAGCCGCCGUCGUCGAGCAUGAGCCAGCAACCGGUAUCGUCGAGCGACGCGAACGCUUCGACGAACCGACCGUCCAGCUCUCCGCACACGGCCGCCACUGGCGUCAGCCAGCAGUCGGUCGUUUCUUCCCAGAGCCCGCAGAUGAUGAUGACGGCCGCACCGUACUCGCAGUCGAUUCAUGCGCAAAACCCGAUCGGCCAGGCGUCCAUGCGAAGCUCUUCCGGUAGCAUAAGCCAAGGCACCACCGCCGCCGGCUACAACUACCAGCAGCCGGGCCAGACCAUGUGGUCUCAGAACCAGCAGCAGCCUCCCGGUCCGGGCCACAACUACGGCAGCUACACGACGCAGUCCCAGCAGCAGCAGCAGCAGCAGCAGCAGCAGCAGCAGUCUCAUCAGUCACAACCGCCUGCGACGCAUUUGCGGCAGUCAAGCACGAGUCAGAUGCAACCCAACAUGCCGUUCCCUGCAAUGGGUGGGAUGCAGUACGGCACCAGCCAGGGCAUGUACCCGGCCGAGCAGACACCACGGGGAUACCUGCCGCAAAGCGCACCGGGCGGCCCCAACGUCACCCAGGCAUGGUCUGGACAGCACUCGCCCCCUCCGCAAUGGUGGGCGCCCCCGCAGCAGCCGCAGUAG